AUGCACUGCCCAGAUACGUUCAUUGUCAAGUUAUACAAAUUCACAGUCCGUGUUCGUCCCCAUUUGUCUUUACCACAUAGCCUUAUCACGUGGCUCAGUUUUUGGAUCACAGCGGAAUCAUCCUGUCAACCGGGACCGGAUGGCCAAUUCGUCACAGUCCAAUUGGGCAGUCCGUCCAACGUGACUGCUCCGUUCGGUAGUGAUGUGCAAUUUAUCUGUUGUGGUGGUCACAAAUGGACCUACGAGGCGGAUGACGGUUAUGCCAGUCGUGAAAUCGGUCCACAUCCGGAUGCGGCCGGAGCGCCAGACAAACGACCAUCUGGAGUACCAAUGCUGAGCACCGAGAGAACCGGGGCCAUUCCGACCACGGUGUACACUAUGCAUGACGACAAAGGUCGCCUGAUUCUGUUCAUCAAUAAUGCCAAUCUGAAAGACACCGGGCACUACCGUUGUCACGGAGACACAAACAGUGUGGAUGCAUUUUUAGCCGUCAGUCCUGAGCCGCAUAUCACCGACGGAAAUAGAUCAACUGUGGUUCAGAAAGGAGCGGUUAUCCAGCGUCAAGUGAUGUUUGCUUCCGACCAGUUGAAUCGGGUGAUUAUACAUUGUCCAGUGACCGGAAACCAGAAGAUUCAAUCUUGGUUGUGGCGGGAACCAAUCCUUCCGUCCUCGGAAGAUUAUGACAAGGUACCGAAAGGUAAACCACCCAGCCGCACGGUGACCGCGAACAAGCCCGGCGUGCACGAAAGUGGAUUUGUGGAAAUCGGACCCCGGCUGGCCUGGGCUAAAAUUCGUGACCCGCUGUCACCGGAAGCUCCAGUCAAAUUGUGGUGUCAAUUCGAAACGCCAUCACCAUGGGAAACUGAGGAACCAAUAGUGGCUUAUUACAUGAUGGACUGGGAACUGUAUGAACCGAUCAAUCCACGUGUUUUCAUCUUGAACACGGAACAACCAUAUACGGGCAGCAAUGAUGUUGUGACUCCAAGCUCGGAGUCUGGAUCCGGUCGCGGAGCAAUUGGUUCAUCUAUGGGACGACCGGUUGGUCAACCAAGUGGUGCUGCCCCUGUGGAAGAACCGGUUGAUAUUGGAAACCAAAUCAAACACUCCAGUUUAUUGCACCAACAGCAGCAGCAACGAACACAACAGCAACAUUAUGGACAGCAGUCAGGCAUGGGUUAUCCAAUUCUGCUUGAGCAUAAACCGGCACGUUUGGCCUGUCAAUUUCGUGUGGUGGAGGAUCCAAAUCAACAUGCGAACGGUGAGACGCAACGAGUUCCGUUACAACAAGUUUACUGGUAUCGAAACGGUCAACCGGUUCAUGUGCCCCCAUUCCAUGUGGACAACUCACAUGUGCCCGGUUCCGGACUGUCGAUGCUUGAGGUACGGGCCUAUCCGGCACUGUUUGAACCAACCGCUCAAUCCAAUGCAUCUUGGGGCACGGUGGAACGCAUCACCUGUGCUGUAUCUAGCCAGGUCAAAUCUAAACCAGUUUACAAAGUCACCACAAAUGCAAGGUGA